CGCAGUUAAAUAAAAAUACACGUCAAAUUCUUAAUUUAAAAAGAAGUUGUUCUUUUACUGCUUGACGGAAGUGUCAAGUAGGUAGUGACCAAAAUUUAGUACGAAGCUUACGAUAAACAAUGGCUUAAUCCACUACCUCGUGUCUGCCCGUGGCGAUCGCCUGUCUGCUUGCACAGCGCAGCUUUCGGUUGUGGAAGUGCUGCCGAAAAUUGCGCGAUUAGCGCUGAAACACCCCAGACAUGAGGCUGAAAAAGGACGCCCUAAUCGCUGAAAGUCACGACGGACUCCGGAGAAACACCUUGGAAUUGUUCCUGAGCUGCAGGAAAGGCGACCUUGCUCGCGUGAAGUACCUCAUCGAAGAACAGGAGAGCGAGCUAAACGUUAGGGACAGAUGGGACGGUACACCUCUGUACUACGCAUGUCUUUGCGGUCACAAGGACGUCGUCGAAUAUUUACUGUCUCAAGGGGCACGCUGUGUGGCCAACACUUUUGAUGGAGAACGCUGCCUCUACGCCUCCUUGAACUUGGAGAUCCGGGACCUUUUGCGAGAUCGGAAAGUGAUCACAUCAAGCACCAUGCGCCGAGAUGCCUACGAUGAAUUCUUGCGGAGGUGCCUGGAGGAUGUUGAACACUGCGACGUCACGUUCAGCAUUCAGGGUGAAACGGUCCCCGCUCACCGUUGUGUCUUGGCAGCACGCUGCGAGUUUUUUCAGCGUUCCCUGGUCAAGAAAUGGGCGGGACGGCAGCUGAUACCAGUGACUCACCACUCCGUGGAUGCUUCAGUAUUUCGAAUCGUGAUGCAGUACCUGUACACGGGUCGACUCGAGAUGCAAGCCAAGCAGUUCGAGAGUUUUUCCGAGCUGGCAUCGAGGUGCAGGUUGACGUCCCUUGUCGCAGAUGUCAAGGAAGAGUUAGCACAAGUGCUGAAUCAAGGAAACCAGAGAAGCCAUCAUUCACCAGAGAGUGAGGCAAUCUUGCUCGAACCAACCCAUUACCGGGAGCAGCUUCAGAGGGACUUUGCCACGUUACCCAUUGAGCUUGCAUCAGAGGUUGCUCCUGCUGACAUCUCAUUCCUUUCUCAAGAUGGCAACCAUGCCGACAUCUGCAUCAGCGUGAAUGGCAGGCAUUUUCUUUGCCACAAGGUGUUCCUGUGCAACCGUAGUGAGUACUUCCGCGCGCUCCUAGAGGACCACUUCACAGAGGCCAGCCAACCGAGCAGUAGUCGGCAGUUUCCAGUGAUAGAACUGCAGCAGGUCACACCCGAUGUGUUUGGUUGCGUACUACAUCACAUUUACAGUGGCAUGGAUGACAGGCUCAGCGCAGACAAUGUCUGGGAGGUCCUGUGCGCCGCUGAUGUGUACCUGCUGCCAGACCUGAAGCGGCAGUGCGGGGCAUCGAUAGCACGCACGCUCGACGUGGAAAGCAUCUGCAACACUCUGCGAGCGUCACGCCUUUUCCGCCUGCCAAGGCUAGAAAACCAGUGCAUCGAGUUCAUGGCCAAGCAUCUGGCCAAGGUCGUUGAGCUCCCGGAAUUCCACGAGGUCAUCAGGGAGGACGCAAAAGAGGUGAAACUCCGACAGGAGACAGACUCCAUCACCGUCAUCGACGACAUCCGCUACUACAUCAGCGCUAAUGCACGAAGCACUGCGGAGAUUGUAAAUGCCAACGAAAAGCUGAAGCUCAUCGAUGACCUUCUAAUGACACUCGGACUAGACGCCUAGCUCAUUUGUGAUCGCACUGGUUUGCUGCUGGUAUGUGCAGCAUGCUGCCUCUGGGAAACCUUCUUCAAAGACAUAGCUGGACAGUUAUAUAUUGCAGUGCACGUUGCAUUAGACCGUGCUCGGGCCAACAGCACUUCGUUAUGCUAAAUACAUAGUGGACAGUAGCACACUGGCUUUUUUUCAGUUUUUCAGUGCUCCCACUUGAAGCUCAAUAUCUAUGCAGUAGUGCAAGGAAGAGGAGUUCUGCUUAUUUCACUGCUGCUGGCUUUGCAGAAGGACAAGCAAUAUUUUAACUAUUGAUUAUAUAACUUGGUUAUCAAACACGGACCGGUUGUAGCUUCAUUCUUGUUAUGUGCACACCGUCCUCGUGCCUUAAAUUUGUGGAGAAACUUAAAAUGAGGCCCACACUUCAGCACUCAGCUGUGCAGGGAGUUAAAUUGAGAGAGUGUAAGGACAGGCAGGUCAUGCUCAACCAUAACAAUCAAACGUAGUACAAAAAAUUUAGUAUGGACGCACAUUAACGGGGCAAGCCAAGCUCCAUUGUUGAUGCUACCAGAAUAAUAAUGCUUAAGGAACACGCGGUGGCCUGUAAGUCUUAAAACCGGGUGGCAGAAAUGUGGAUGUUUUAGACCUCGCACCAUGUCAAGGCACUAAUUUAAUUAUGAUGUUACAGUGGACAGGUGUGGAUGGGAGAUUUAUAGACUGCAGCCGUAUAUUGAAACAAUCACUGUCGAAAUGUGCCAGCUGCUACAGCUGCAUGAAGGGCAAACAUUUUUCAAUCAUACUUUUCUUCAAGUCUAGUUGUCAACUGCUUUGAGAGGAGUGAAAUAAGGGAGAAUUCUCAAAUUUUUUUUCUAGAUGCUGCUAUUAAUGUUAUGUUGUAAUGUUAUGUCCAACAACCUGCCAUUAUGUUAGAGGAAAAUACCAAUGAAAGUGGUGGUUAUGAAAUAUAGUUCCUGCAGACUGUCUACACCGGGCACGUUUCGCAGCCAUUUCACAGCCUAAUUCACAUCGCCAUUUGCGGAUGCCAACAUGUGCCACGACUGACCGCUUCUCCAAGAAAUGCGUCCUAGUGGGAAGCACAUUUUCGCUGGCUCCACCCUAGAGCGGGCUCCACAUUGUUGCGACACGAGUUGGAGCGCAGUAGGAACCAGCCGAAUGUACCAUAAUGUAGAAUGAAUGAAAUGUGAUAAUGGCUAUUACCACAUAAAACCAUACAUGAACAGUGACAUUGUGACACGAGAGUUUCCAAAACUAUGGAACCACUGCUUUCUCAAAGCAACGUCAUUUUAGCACUUAUGGAAACUGCUCUCAUAGUAGUGGCACUGUUGCUAAUUUAUAACACUAUCAACUAACUUUUUGCCUUUCUUGCCUCUUUAACAGUGUCGACCACUUCUUGCCCUUUUCCUGAAUGCCUUGAUUGUACAGGCGACUUUGUUGUAGUAUCUUCGCUCUAGUGGCGGUUGCCAUAGAUAUGGAAGAUGAGAAUUCUACCAGGCAGCACACAAAAUACUUUGCAAUACGAGUACAAGUGAUUUCGUCAUAGAGGCGUCCGUGGUCAGGGCGUUCUACUGUAUUAAGUACGUACACAUGCUGUCCCGUCACUGAAUAUGAAAACCGCAAUUGACAGGCACAUCUACCUGCUCGCCACUAAAAAAUAAAAUAAAAAAGGUGCAGCAACAGUCGAUCAUGGCUGACCAACUGCUCCGUAUUUUGCCUGUGCUAUGCAGAGCCUGAUAAAUCAUGUUAGUAACGGCAAAAGAAGAUGCAAAAUGGGAGUAGAGAUUGGAGGGGCCACAGAAAUGGCUAUGCUGGUAAGGGAUGCUUUUUUAGUAAUAGCUUUGCAUGUCGCGUGAACACUUUGAUGCAAGAUAUGCAUGUACUUACUAUGUUUGACAACUGCAGUGCAAUAUUGGGCGCACGUAACAGCUUACCCCGUUUUAUAACUAUCACAACUUUUUUACGCUCCAGUGAGACAAGAACGCUCUCAUUGAGAAACAUCUCAAACUGCACUCAUGUGAUGCCACUGCACUCUAUAGAGGAAAGUGGAACAAGAUCUGUACAUAUUGUUGACCGAAUGUAUUAAUAAAAUGUUUUCUUCGA